AUGGAUAUAACUUCCCUGUUCAUGGUAAUUCUGAAUGAUUAUGGGCUUGAAGCCACACAAGAAUUUUUAAAUAAUGAAGUGUCUUUGCCAGAAAAUGAGCUUCUCAAUUUUGUCAAGACUGUCCAUUUUAUGAAUACAGCAGGCCAAGAGAUAUAUUUUGAUAUGACUGGCAAUAUUCCUAAUCAGUUUGACAUACAAAACUUUCAGUUUUUCCUGAAUGGAACAAGUCGGAUUGUAAAAAUAGGUUACUUCAAGUCAUGGGCUCCAAAUGAUCAGCAGAUUCAGAUAGAUAAAGCAGCCAUUUUGUGGAAUAAUGGGGCUUCAGAGGUCCCACAUGCUGUGUGCAGUGAAAGCUGUGGCCCAGGAUAUAGGAAAUCUACUCGCAAGGGACAGCCUAUAUGUUGUUUUGACUGUACCCCUUGCCCUGAGGGGAAAAUCUCAAAUCAGACUGAUAGUAUUGACUGCACAAUGUGUCCAGAUGAUGCAUGGUCAGCCUAUGGACAAGACAAAUGCAUCCCCAAAACGACUGAGUUUUUAUCAUACAAGGAGGAACUGGGGGCAUCAUUAGCUGCUUUCAGUAUUUUCUUUUCUGCCCUCACUGCUUCUGUUCUAUGUGUCUUUAUACAGUUCAGAGACACUCCAGUUAUCAGGGCCAACAACCGAAACCUGAGUUAUCUCCUGUUGCUUGCUCUAUUUUUCUGCUUUCUCUGUUCAUUGUUAUUUAUUGGUCAUCCAGAAAGAGUAACCUGCCUAAUACGUCAGAUUGCUUUUGGUGUCAUUUUUUCUUUCAGUGUCUCCUGCAUAAUGGCAAAAACAAUCACGGUCAUUGUUGCUUUCACUGCUACCAAACCCAACAGUUCCAUGAAGAAGUGGGUUGGGGGUAAGACACCAGGUUUAGUGAUUAUCUUGUGUUCUCUAGGUCAAAUUAUAAUAUGUACUACCUGGUUAUUUAUGUAUCCACCCUUUCCUAACAACAAUAUGAAAAUCAAACUUGGAAAAAUUAUAAUCGAAUGCCAGGAAGGGUCCUCUGCAGCAUUUACUUGCAUGUUGGGAUAUAUGGGAUUUUUGGCAAUGCUGUGUUUUGUAAUAGCAUUCCUGGCAAGGAAGCUGCCAGAUACCUUUAAUGAAGCCCAAAUGAUCACCACUAGCAUGUUCAUUUUCCUCAGUGUUUGGACAUCUUUCAUCCCUGCUUACCUGAGCACACAGGGAAAGUACAUGGUUGCUGUGGAGGUGUUUGCUAUCUUGGCUUCAAGUGCUGGGUUACUGUUCUCUAUAUUCAUUCCUAAAUGCUACAUUUUGCUGUUAAGACCAGAGAAGAACACCAGGGAGUACAUAACUGGAAAGCUUCUGAACCUUCUUAGCACUGUCCAUUUUAUGAACACAGAGGGCCAAGAGGUAUAUUUUGAUAAGAAUGGUGAUGUACCAAGUCAGUUUGACAUACAGAACAUUAAGUUUUUCCUGAAUGGGACAAGUCGGAUUGUGAAAGUUGGCACCUUCAAGUCAUGGACUUCCCCUGAUAAACAGAUUGAGAUAGAUGCUAAAGCCAUUUUGUGGAUUGAUGGUGCUACAGAGCUAGCUAUGCUGCUAGCUAUUCUGGCUCUUGGGCCAUCUUCUGAUGUAGUGACCCACUCCACAUCAACAUUAAGUCGAAGAGCAAAAAAAGCUGUUCAGAUUACUUGA